UCCUGUGUGGAAGCCGCUGCUGUUGCUACUGGCAGGCUUAAUGCUUUGUGUGCAACAAGAGAGAAAGGGGAAAUCGGGAGGGAGGGAGCCAGAUCCGUCUGGGGUGGCUGAAUCCCCCCCCCCACUUUCUCUCUUAAACCAGGGCUUUUCUGAGAUUGCAAGGGGGAGGGAAAGAAGGAGAAACAGGGAUCCAUCAGGAUCUAUCCAAAAGGAAGAGGAGGAGGAGGAGGAGAAAGAGGCUGCACUGCAGAAUAACGGGACUAGGGGGAAAAGGAAGAGAUUCUUGUUAGUGGUACCUUGUCGCUGAACCAGCAAUCCAGGCAGAAAGAUGGCUGCCUCGUCCUCUUGCAAUCUGGACGACGACGAGAGCCUGAAGGGAUGUGAGCUCUAUGUUCAGAAGCACAACAUGCAGCAGAUCUUGAAGGAGUGCAUCGUGAACCUGUGUAUAGCAAAACCCGACCGGCCGAUGAAGUUCUUGCGAGAGCACUUCGAGAAACUGGAAAAGGAAGAAUGCAAACAGAUCUUGGCCUGGCAGAAAUCCAACUCACAGUCAGAUUCCCACGAUGACGAAAUUUCUCCUCCGCCUCCGAACCCGGUGGUCAAGGCGCGACACCGAAGAGGGGGUGUCAGUGCAGAAGUUUACACCGAAGAAGAUGCAGUUUCUUACGUUAGGAAGGUGAUUCCCAAGGACUAUAAAACAAUGACUGCCCUGGCCAAGGCCAUCUCCAAGAAUGUGCUCUUUGCUCACCUGGAUGACAAUGAGAGAAGUGACAUUUUUGAUGCUAUGUUCCCCGUGACCCACAUUGCUGGAGAGACUGUCAUUCAACAGGGAGAUGAAGGAGACAACUUCUAUGUGAUCGACCAAGGGGAAGUGGAUGUGUACGUCAACGGAGAAUGGGUGACCAGCAUCGGAGAAGGGGGCAGCUUCGGAGAGCUGGCGCUCAUCUACGGAACGCCACGAGCCGCCACCGUCAAAGCCAAGACAGAUCUCAAACUUUGGGGAAUUGACCGAGAUAGCUACCGGCGUAUUUUAAUGGUGGGUUGAAACUUUGAUGACGGGCUAACGCGAAGGCUCCUGUUUAUGUCGA